UCGGUUAUGAAAAUAAAAAUCUCAAUCAGUUGGUAUCAAACUAAUAAAACCACAAGAACAAUGAAACACAUUUCAGUCGAGAUUUUCCUCGCUGUUUUUACAGUAGCUGUAUGUUUCACAAAUGGCAUGGCAGCUACGGAAAUCGAAUCUAAAGAAAACUGCCCGUCUUAUUUACAAGACGACACGACGAUUCCUUGCUGGAGUUUGGGCAGCAAGUGUUAUUGCUUUUCCAACAAUGACGUAAAGGACAAAGUUUAUAACUGGACGCAGGCGGAUGAAAUAUGUAAAGCCGCAAACAUGACCCUGCUCAGCAUUGAAACGGAACAAGAAGAUAUGUUGAUCUACAGCCAAAGUGAAACCCACCCAGAGUUGGCAGAUUACCCCUACAGUUAUUGGACAUCGGGCAGCUAUUCCCAAAUAGGCUAUAAACGAUGGGAAUGGGCUACAAACGAACCAUUCCAGCCAUUCGAAUACACCAACUGGAUUCCGGGCCAACCUUCAGAUAACAAUCCUCCCAACAACCAACCCGGAAAUUGCGUCUUUCUUAGUUUCUACACAGACUAUGCAAGCGGAUAUUGGUUCCCUUAUUCCUGUUCUUAUGCAACCUACAAAAGAUUCAUAUGCGAAUCACUGGACUAAGCAGAAAGGCAACGUUGUUGAUCAACCCGACAAGAACAGCUCUUGAAAUUUGAAAAAAAAUAUACGCACCUGAAAUGGCA